AUGGCCGCCGCCGCGGCCGCCGCGGAGGCGCACUGGAGCACCCGCCCGAAGCCCCCGGGAUCGGGCCUCUCCAAGACCCACCCGCCCGAGCCCACACCCGAGCCCGAGACCGAGACGGAGACGGAGACGAAAACCGAGACGAAAACCGAGAGGGAGACUGUCAACAACGCCGCCGCGAUCGUCUCACCAACCGCCGACGUCCAACCCGCGGGGGCGAUCGCGACGUCAACAUCGUCAACAGACGUCAACAGCGCCCUCGGCGACCUCAUCUCGUCCCCGCUCUUCUACGUCACCUUCGGCGUCGCCGCCGCCGUCGCGCUCGUUCAAGUGCUCGAACGCUCGGGUGUCGAAAACGCGGAAUUCGGGCUCUCAGCGCUGCCCAUCGUCCUCCUCACCGCCAUCUCCAAGACCGAGUUCGGGGCGGGGCUCGCGAAGAGCAUCGAGGAUCGACGCCCCGAGCUCGAGGCGGAGCGGGCGCGGGUGGAACGCGAACGGGCGGCGGCGAGGGCGACGAUGCCGGCGCACUACGGGCCGACGCGGCGAAAGUUUCUGCCCGACGGAUUCGGAUACCCGUUCCCAGAACAUCUCGACGGGACGCUGUGCGGCGACGCGGGGUUCGACCCGCUCGGGUUGGCGAGUGGGAGCCCGGGGGAUCUGGACAGGUACCGCGAGCUGGAGCUACUGCACGGGCGAUGGGCCAUGCUCGGCGUCGUCGGCGCCGCCGUCCCGGAGGCGCUGGCGAGAUUCGGCGGCUUGGAGCUGGGCGAGCCCGUGUGGUGGAAAGUGGGCGCCGCCAAGCUGAACUCGCCGGACCUCGCGCUGGAUUACCUCGGUCUCGGCGGGUUUCACAUCGCGGGAAGCAGCGGUUUGGCGGUCAUCGCCGCGUGCCAGCUGGUUUUAAUGGGCGGGCCCGAGUACGCGAGGAAAGUGGGCAUCGACUCGCUGGUGCCCGUGGGGGUGUACCUGCCGGGGGACAGGGAUUACCCCGGCGGGGCGCCGUUCGAUCCGUUCGGAGUGAGCGCGGACGCGGCCGUGUUCGAGCGUCAGAAGGUUGCGGAGAUGAAGCACGGGCGGCUGGCGAUGGUGGCGAUGCUGGGGUGCUUCGCGCAGGCUUGGGCGACGGGGGUCGGGCCCGUGGAGAACCUGACGGAGACGUGGGAGAAGCUUCGGGCGUUUCUUUGA